GAUGGCAGAAGUUAAACCUCCUCGAGAAUCUUUAGUCAAAUAUGAAAAUCCUAUAGAAGUUAGCAAUGUUAAUGAUGCGUCUAGAACUUUAUAAGGAAAAAAGAAAUCAUAACUUUCACCUUUAGAAUCAAAGCCUAAUACAGAGGUAAAGAAUGAGAUUAGAAAUUUUAGGAUAUAUUAAAUGCAAUUUUACCUCCAAUUGAAUGGGAUCAUGAUGGAAAACAUUAUAUUUAAUAUGUUUCACAUGUUCCAGCUACAAGAGAAGAUGUUGGUAACUUGUAAAAAUUAUUGGAUGAAAGAUUGUUGGCAAGAUAAGCUAGGUAGUUAUGGGAUAUAUAAAAUAAUUUUAGAGAGACUGGUAUCUGUCCAAUAAGAGAAGAGUUAUUAAGUUAAUGUUUUGAUGAGAUUAUAAGAUAAGUUACAAUAGAUUGUCCAGAGAGAGGUAUUUAUUAUUAAGUUAUAAUAUAGGAUUAUUAUUAAUGAGAGUGAGAGAUGAAUUAAAAAUGACAAUUGCUGCAUAUUAAACUUUAUAUAAUUCAUCUGUAACAUUUGGGAUGAGAAAAUAAUUGUAAGCUGAAAUGGGGAAGAGUGAAUUAGAAGAAAAGAUAGUUUAAUUAGAAUAGAGGAAAUAGAAAUUAGAAGAAAAGGUAUGAAUGUGUAUUAGAAUUCAGAGAAUUGAUUUACUUAAUAAAAAGGAUUCAUUAGAUAAAAAGAUAAAAGAAAGAAAUUAAAUUGAGGAAUAGAAGAGGAAAUAAGAGAUCGAAUUUCUCAAAUAUUAAGGAUAACAUUUAGAAGCCUUCUUAAAAUCAGUUUAACCUGAAUUGAAGUGA